AUGCUCAAAUUAUUAGAACUUGCUUUGAGCUUUGUUGGAUCUGUGGUUGCCUUCGGCAUCAAUGUAUUGGAUAUUCUAGUGUAUUAUCUUCUUAAAUUUACGAUUGGUUUGAAUUGGGCCACUCACGAUCUUCGGGAAGUUUUUAAAAACGUAAAAUCCUACAGUGUUGAAGUUGAUGAUGGUUCCUAUGAUCCAAAAACUGAAACCAAACCAAGAAGAGCCAUUGAAAGCAAGGACGGUUUGGCUUACACUCCCAUUGAAGGAGUCAAUACUAUGAAGCAAUUAUUGGCUAAAGUCGUUGCCAAUAACAAGGACAAACCUUGCUUGGGUUAUCGACCAGCCAUCCGUAAAAUCGUUGAAAAGAGAGAAGGUCAUGAUUGGGAAAUUAUUGAAUUCGCUGAUUUGACCUAUGAAAAUUACGACAAGAUUUACUCUCGAAUUAGGAACUUUGGUGCUGGUCUUGCUCGAGUCACUGGAUUGAAUUCACGUGGUCUAUUCGGAAUUUAUGAAGACACUCGAAAGGAAUGGUUGAUGGCUCUUCAUGGUUGCUAUCAAUACAAUAUGGUUGUCAUGACUUGUUACGCUAGUUUGGGUGAUGAAUCAUUGUGUGCUGCCAUUAAUGAGACAGAGUUGCCUGGAAUGCUUGUCAAUGAGAAGAAUCUUGGUAAAAUUGCCAAUGUUAUUGUUCCACGAUGCCCAAGCUUGAAGAAUAUCGUCUACACCAAGGCCCUCGUUUCCGAUGAGAGCGAUAAAAAGAAGACAAAGGAUGCAGUUGAAGCCCUCGAGAAGAAGGGAUUGAAGGUUUUACCUUUUGAGGAAGUUGAACAAAUUGGUGAAUCUGACUACAAGAGUAAUAGUGUCAUUCCUGUCAAGGAAGAGCCAACGACUGAUUCUCUUGCGUUAAUCAUGUACACGAGUGGAACAACUGCUCAACCCAAAGGAGUGAUGCUUUCACACAAGAACAUUCUUUCAAUCAUUGCAGGAGCCGACCAAAAAAUUGGAGAUGAUACAAGCAUUGAAUACAAUUAUCUUGCCUAUUUACCACUCGCUCACAUUUUGGAAAUGGCUGCUGAGCAUGUCGUUUUGAAACGUGGUGGAAAAAUUGGUUAUGGUAAUCCAAAGACUUUAAGCGACAAAGGAGCUAAACCAAAGGGUGAUAUUGAAGUCAUUGCACCAACUGUUUUAGUUGGUGUUCCAAGAGUUUUUGACACAAUCAAGAAGGGUGCUUUUGAGAAAAUUAAAUCAUCUCCUCCAUUUGUUCAAUGGCUUUUCCACAAUGCCUACAAUUACAAAUUAGAUGCCAUUAGACAUGGAAGAGAAUCCCCAGUAUGGAACUUUUUGGUUUUCAACAAAUUUAAAAAGCUUGUAGGAGGUAACUUGGCUUUGAUUUUUUCAGGAGGAGCUGCUCUCUCAAAAGAGUCGCACGAGUUUUUACGUGUGUGCAUGUCCUGUUCAGUAAUUCAAGGAUAUGGCUUGACUGAAACAUCCGCCGGUGGUACAAUUCAAUACGGCUACCAACCAUUCACCACAAAGAACAUUGGAUCCCCCAUUAUUACUUGUCAAAUUAAAUUAAUUUCUGUUCCUGAAAUGGGAUAUACCAUCCAUGACGAGGAACCUCGUGGUGAGCUUGCCAUUAAGGGUAAUAACAUUUCUCUUGGUUACUACAAACAAGACAAACUCACUAAAGAAUCGUACACAUCUGAUGGCUAUUUUCUCACUGGAGACAUUGGCAUUUUACACAAAGAUGGAUCUUUCAGUAUUGUGGAUCGUAAAAAGAAUUUGACCAAACUCGCCCAUGGUGAAUACAUUGCUCUUGAAAAAUUGGAGAGUGUUUAUGGCAAUUGUCCAUUCGUCUCUCCAAAUGGAAUUAUGGUGUAUGGUGAUUCAGAUCGAGAUUAUCCUGUAGCUCUCAUUUUGGUUCAACCCGGUUAUACCAAACAAUGGGCUCAAGAACAUGGAAUUUCAGGAGAUUUGACUCAAAUCAUUAAGGACCCAAGAGUGAUCAAGGCAGUUGCUGCCUCGUUGAAAGAAGAAGCAAAGAAGAAUAAUCUUCAACGAAUGGAAGAAAUCAAACAUUUUAAAUUAUUGCUCGACGAGUGGACACCUGACAAUGAGUUGUUGACUGCCGCCAUGAAGCUCAAGCGUGCCAAUAUUGUGAAACGAUACAAGACAGAGAUUGAGGAAAUGUAUGCCACAAGACAAUAG